AGGAAAUCCAGAAAGCCAUCAGAGCACCAUAACCAGGGACCAGUGAGGGUUGGAGCGUCAUGUCUAGAGCCACAUUCUUCCUAAUGGCUGUACUUGCGAUUGCGGUGACCAAUGCGAGGAACAUUCAAGAAGAAAAUACUUGUGAUGUGGAUGAGUUCAUGUGCAUGAGUGACGGUGAUAUCACGUGCCUCCCCAACACAUGGAAGUGUGACGGAGAUUCCGAUUGCGACGGAGAUGUUGAUGAACAAGGCUGUCCUCCUCCAACUUGCCCUGAAAAUGAAUUUCAAUGUGACGAUUCGUGUAUUCCUCAACUCUUUGUGUGUGAUGGUGACGUAGAUUGUGACGAUAAAACAGACGAAGCAUCUUGUCCUGCACAGAAUCCACUCAUUAAUCACGUCUAGGACCAAAGCAAGAUGUGACAUUGCCAUGUGCCAUAGGCUUUAGAAUGAUGACUCCGCCCUUAUGUUCCAGUGUUUCUUUUUUUUCUUGUUUUUUUUUUUUUUUUUUUACAUCGUCUUCCUCUUUACCUCUUAAUUCUAUCAAUUUUAUUUAUGAUGACUACUAAAAAAUCAUUUUCAAGUUGUUUUUGUUUAUAUUUUUUUCUUAAAUGAGAUGAUUUAUUUUGAUUUUAUUAAAAUAAAUUUUACAAACACUAA